UACUCCUACAAGGAGCUGCUGGACCGCGUCGUCGGCAUCCUCCAGGCGAACAACCCGGAGCUCAGCGAGAAGCGGCGGCACACGAUGAAGCCGCCGCAGCUCAUGCGCGUCGGCACGAAGAAGACGCUGUGGGUCAACUUCCAGGAGAUCUGCAAGAUGAUGCACCGGAGCCCGGAGCACGUCUUCCAGUUCUUCAUGGCCGAGCUCGGCACCGAGGGCUCCAUCGACGGCACGCAGCGCCUCGUCAUCCGCGGCAAGUACGUGCCCAAGUACAUCGAGUCGCUCCUCCGCAAGUACAUCGUCGAGUACGUCACGUGCCAGAUGUGCCGCAGCCCGUCGACGAGCCUCACGCGCGACUCCGUGAGCCGCCUCUUCUUCCUCCACUGCCAGGACUGCGGCUCGAGCCGCUCCGUCGCGCCCAUCCGCGCGGGCUUCCACGCCCAGACCCGCGCGGACCGCCGC